AUGAUUGAUUGCUUUUCACUUGGUGAAAGUUUUGACGUCAUUUCUAUCCUAAUAAAAUUUUUUACUCCUAACAAAAUGACUGAGAAUACUUUCGACAGAGAAGCACUCAAGAAUGAACUUCGUGAAGAAAUACUUAAUGAACUCAAACCAAAAGAACAAACACAAGAAGAGAAACCAGCUAAACCAAAGCGUAAACUCACAGAGAAACAAUUAGCUGCAUUAGCAGCUGGACGCGCAAAGAAUCCACGAAUGAUUGCAAAGAAAUUGAGAGAAGAGGAAGAAGCUAAGAAAAAUAAUAAGUAA